AUGGAUAAAUUUCUCACCAAGCCAAAAAAUGGUGAAUCGAGUUCUAGUGCUAGUUGGUCAUCCAAGAGUUCACAAAUCGCUCCGGAAGUUCAAAAGGAUACAAAUCCUUCUCUGCUUUCAAAUGUAGAUAAAGUGCUUGAUUUGAAAUCUUUUGAACCGUAUCCCAAAGAAAGAAUGCCAAUUUCGGAUUAUGGUCCUAAUAUUCGAGAUGAAGUGAGGAGAUAUUAUAUAAACAAAGGGCCUUAUCAACCGAUUGGUCAUGCCUUUCCUAAAACUAAGAUUGGAAGUAAAAUGCGUCAAUUUAGUCCCACUUGGUUUAGGGGACCAUAUUCUCAAUGGUUGGAGUAUAGCAUAAAAGGAGAUGCGGCAUUUUGUUUGUGUUGUUAUUUGUUCAAGAAUGAACUUGAAAGCCGUGGAAAUGCAGGGGAUGCAUUUACAAAAGAUGGUUUUAGGGGUUGGAACAAGGGUGUGGAAAGAUUCAAAGCACAUGUUGGUGAAGUAAAUAAUAUUCAUCACAAAUGCUUCAAUAGGAUGUUAGAUUUGAAAAAUCAACGUCAAUCGAUUCAAUCUUCUUUUGAUAAGAAAAGUGAAAAAGUAAAAAGUGAUUACCAGAUGCGCUUAAAUGCCUCAAUUGAUGUGGCAAGGUUUCUUUUAAUUUCGAGAUUUCCAUUUCGUGGACAUGAUGAAAGUGAAGAAUCUGAAUAUAAAGGUGGCUUUCUUGAACUUUUAGAAUGGCACGGAGAUCGACAUCCGGAUCUAGGAAGAGUAAUAUUACGUCAUGCUCCACAAAAUGAUAUGAUGAUUUGUCCAACAAUUCAAAAGGAGAUUGUGGAGGCUUGUGCUAAAGAAACAACUAAAGCUAUCAUUGAAGAUUUGGAUGUGGAGUGGUGA